CUCUCUCUCUCUCCUUCUCUCUCUCUCUCUCUCAAUUUCAGAAACAGUCACAUAAGAAGAUAUAGAUCUAACCCAGAGGAGAAGAGAAAGACAGAGAGAGAGUGAGAGAGAGAGAGGAAUCGAUGAUUAGGGUUUGAUGAUCAAGAAGACAAAGCUUUUAUAUAUGUUAGGGUUUAGCUAGGUUUGGGACAUGACUCAAUAUCAUGCUCGAGUAUGGAGAAGCUCUUUAACUACUACUCUACUAAUGGUGAUCUUGCUUUCUUCUCUUCUCCAUCUCUUCUGUCUAUAUUCACGUGUAGAAGCAAUUCGGGUAUCUCAAGAAACUCCUGCUGCUCCGGCUAAGAAACAACAACAACAAGAAGAUCUAAUGAAGAAGUACUUCGGCGGCGCCGGGAAAUUUCCUCCGGUGGAUUCUUUUGUCGGAAAAGGGAUCAGUGACAGUAAAAGAAUGGUACCAAGUUGUCCAGACCCUCUCCAUAACUAGUAGAAAUCAGUUUCUUGAUAUUUCUUGUUUUUUUUUUUUUUUUCAUUUUCAUCUUUUUAAUUAUUUUCUUCUUGUUUUUUUUUUUUUUGUUAAUGAUGAUCAAUCAACUAGUGUAUUUUACCCAAAAUACCCACGUUUUUCUUGUUAAUGUAAAGGAAAAACGAGGGUAUUUUGGAGAUUUAAAUCACUGAUCUAUUAAAAGAUCUCAUAUAUAUAAUUAC